AUGGACGCUGAUGAGGAGAUGGAGUUGGAGCAGCCUGCUGAGGCUCCUGUUCAUCCAAAUGAUCCGAUUCCUGCCAUGCUUGCUGAUUAUCAGCCCGCUCCAGACAUUUCCGAGCUCGUUCUUGCCAUUGACCCUGUUCCUGUCACUGAUACACCCGUUGUUGCACCACCAGCCGUUGAGAUACCAGAUGUAGCACCCAUACCCGAUCCCAUGGCGAUUUUUGAUGACCUGGCACCGUUUGCUACCCGCAUUGACCCGAGGUACGCUAACUCCAGCAAUGGGUGGAUUGUGGAGGAUGACUACCCUCCGUACGUAGUCCCAGUCACUCCCCCUCCCACACCCAUCGCUGUACCACUCGAUGCUCCCUUGUUUCCUCCAUCCACAUCUGGUACCCAUGGUACUGACCUUCCUAUCACUUUCCUUCAGGACAUUCCUCUGCCCCAACCUGGGGAGGGAUUCGUCGAGUCAGCCCUUCGGCCACACCCCAUUCAUGCCAGAGGAUAG